UGCAGCACGGAUUGCUGGGGGCAGGCUGGGGACUCCUUAGGGACAAGGCAUUAAGAAGGAGCGAGCCCAGCGGGACGGUGGAAUGACUGACCUGGGAAGGAGGCAGGUCCUAGAUUUGGAGGGGUGGCAGCCAGAGGACCCUGAAGCUGACAUGAGGUUGGGACUGUCUGUGUGGCUGUGGAGGCCCUGGUAGGCCAUGAAAAGGAGGCACCUUGUCCAGUUGGGCUUCUGACUUCUCUGCCAAGUCCGCCAGUGAUCUCUGGACCAGAAACGGGGGACAGAGAAAGGGAGACUUCUGUUCCAACCCGGUGAAAAGCAAGGGGCUGGGGAUGGGAGCUGAGCCAAGCUCGGACUGGCUGGAACCUGCAGUCCUCCUGCCUCAGCCUCCCCACUUGACCCCCUGGCGGAUUGGCCGUGUUGAGUCCCCAGUCCUGGGCCCUGGGCACGUUACCGCAGGGUUCUCCUGGCUUCUCCUAGGUAGCGCUUGUUUUCUGGGCAGUGUCUUGAGGAGCGAUGUUUUCCAUCUUGAUGAAUUUCCUCAACCCGUUUUUCUGCUGUAGGUUGUGCUUUAGUGGCUCAUCCAAGGGAUCUGCCAGACCCAAGUUUGCACCCUUGUUCACUGGGUGGCUUUGGCUCUUGUAUUUAAGUCUCUGAGCCCCUGUGAGCUGGUUUGGGCCUGUGGGGUGAGGCAGGGUCCGAGGUCUGUUGUCCAAGCAACCAUACCUGCCCUUCCCUUGGUGGGACAUGGGGUGACCUAAAGGCAAGGAUCGACUUCUGGACUCCCAGCUGUCUUCAUGAAGCUGUGUCCACCCUCACGUCAGAAUGACCCGUCUUGGUCACUGUCUGGAUGGCUAUGGCUUGUGAUCUCCUCUGCGGCCUGUGGCUAUGGAUUCACACUGCUGUCCUCCAGGACCAAGGACAUCACCAAGGUGUGGGGCAUGGGGCUCAACAAGGACUCCCAGCUCGGGUUUCAGAGGAGCCGGAGGGACAAAGCCAGGGGCUACGAGUACGUCCUGGAGCCGUCGCCCGUCCCGCUGCCCCUGGACAGGCCUCAGGAGACCCGGGUGCUGCAGGUGUCCUGUGGCAGGGCGCACUCCCUGGUCCUGACGGACAGCGAGGGAGUGUUCAGCAUGGGGAACAACUCGUAUGGGCAGUGUGGCCGGAAGGUCGUGGAGAAUGAAGUGUACAGUGAAAGUCACAAGAUCCACAGGAUGCAGGACUUUGAUGGGCAGGUGGUCCAGGUGGUCUGCGGACAGGAUCACAGCCUGUUCCUCACGGAUCGAGGCGAGGUCUACUCCUGUGGAUGGGGCGCCGAUGGGCAGACAGGUCUCGGUCACUACGAUGUCACCAGCGUGCCCACCAAGCUGGGAGGGGACCUUGCCGGAGUGAAGGUCGUGCAGGUCGCCACCUACGGGGACUGCUGCCUGGCCGUGUCAGCAGACGGAGGCCUCUUUGGUUGGGGGAACUCGGAGUACCUGCAGCUGGCCUCUGUCACCGAGUCCACUCAGGUGGACGCCCUGCUCCCCGCUUCACCCUGGCCUGAUUGGUUCCUGCCUCUCCUCAUGCCUCAGGUGAACGUCCCUCGGUGCCUACCCUUCUCAGGAGUGGGGACUGUGAAGCAGGCGGCCUGCGGGGGCACCGGCUGUGCCUUAUUGAACGGGGAAGGACACGUGUUUGUCUGGGGCUACGGAAUCCUUGGCAAAGGACCCAGCCUCGUGGAAAGUGCCCUUCCGGAGAGGAUCCCGCCCACGCUCUUCGGCCUGACCGAGUUCAACCCGGACAUCCAGGUCUCCCUCAUCCGCUGUGGGCUCAGCCACUUUGCUGCCCUUUCUAACAAGGGCGAGCUGUUCGUGUGGGGCAAGAACCUCCGUGGGUGCCUGGGGAUCGGCCGCCUGGACGACCAGUACUUCCCCUGGAGGGUGACGAUGCCCGGUGAGCCCGUGGACAUGGCCUGUGGUGUGGACCACAUGGUGACCCUGGCCAAGUCGUUCAUCUGACCUCCUGCCUGAUCCUCCCAGGGCUGUUGGAGGCAGCCCAGCAGGGUGGGGACACAGUGCCUGGUAGGGCUCUUGAAUGAUGUUGGAGGGACAGAACCACUGCCCUCUGUAGGCCACGCUCCCGAGGGGUCCUGGCCAGGGUGUGGGACGACUGUUGGCACACCCACCUGUUCAGGGCUCCGGGGCCCGGUUGGCCCAGGACGGCUGUCCAGGGAGGCUCAGCGUCAGGAUGUGUCUGGUCUCAGGCGGUGGCCUGCCAGGACACAGCGACCAGGGGGCUCUGGGUGUGUCCUAGUGACCCAGGUGAGCCUCGGUUAGGUCGUGAGCCAGGCGGGCUCCUGUGAAACUUGUGCUGGAUGACCCCGUGCACACAGCCACCUGCCCGCCGCCACGCUGAGCCCGAGGACAGUGAGCAGCCUCCAAGACCCCGCGGGCUCCUCGCUGAGCGGCCUGCCCUCCCGCCGCCCUGUCCUGCCGCCGCGCUCACCACUUGCUGGAGGAGGCUUGGGGGGCUCAGCCUGGCUGGGGGCCAGUGGACGAGGAUCUGAAGUCAUGGCCAUGUCCGCGCUGGUCACUGUUGGCCUUUUCCCUUAGAACAGUAUUUACAGAUAUUUUUGGAAUAAAGUCUAUUUUCUGCCUCUUGA